CAUUUCCUGCUCGUGUCUCAGUUAUUUCAGUGACCUAAGGGUAACAUUGCUUGCAGAGCAGAAUUACCUUUUGCAAUAUCACCCCCUUGAACACACACAAACUGAACGCAUCCUUCGCUACAAUGCCUCAAUUCGUCAUUAUGCUAAUGAUCUUGGUGAUUUGGUUUUCUCAAAAUCAAGGUCGAGAAAUCUAUCCUGCAAAGAUUUAUUCAGAUAAACACGAAGACAAACUGAAGUUCACAUGCAGCAUAUUUGGGCUGAAGAACACACCACUGAACAACCAGUUCUAUAUUUACCUCUGUAGGAAUGGUAUUGCAACAGACAUGAAAUCGGGUUGUCAAGAUGUUACGUUUUAUAUAGACGUCAAUAGAAAGGACAACACAGGAAAUUAUAGUUGUGUCUUUUCAGUGCAUAAGUAUAACUUGGAUCAAGUGAUACAGAAUGGCAUAAAUUUUAUCCUCAUUACUACAAAUGAUUCCUUCGUCCCGGCAGAGAUAGCCUUGUCUCAGACGAACGUAAUAACAGGAUAUGAUGCUGAAUUCCAGUGUACUUCUUUAAACUUACCUGAUAGGAUCCAGAAAGGCAACGUUUACGCCGUUCUGUAUAAGAACAGCACUGUGAUUCAGAUGACUAUUUGGGACAUGACAAAGAACAAGGCAAGGUUUACUCUAAAAGAAGUCAGUAUACAAGAUGCUGGAACAUACAUCUGUUGUCUGAUGUCAGAGCUUUUCCCUUUUCCUAAAAAUGUACAUGGUGUCAAUGAAGUCAUCCUUCAUGUUACUGAGCAAUUUAAAGAAACUCUGAUAAUAAUUACUGGUGGUGCCGUGUCUGUGCUGCUGAUUAUUUUGUGUCUUGGACUUGUCUCUUUGAGAAAGUUUCAAAAUCAAGUUGAUUGCUUUAAAGGCCACAGUGAAAGUUAUGACCCAAGAGAGGCAGAGAUGAACCAAGAUGAAGUGCAGACUGAAAACAGCUCUGGUACAGAAUGGGAUCAAUCCUCCUCAAACAGUGAUAGUCCUUCAUAUGCGAACACUUACCAGGUGUGUGAAGAGCAAUAACAACAAUGGCUACACCGGAAACUGCAGAAACUUCAGGACUAUUCUAUACUCAAACCUGUUACAAACUAGUUAAAUGUACAAAUGUAGUUAAGUUUACUCUGCUUGGAAAUACUGAUCUUAGCAAAACGUCCUCAGGCUGGUAAUUUCUAAUACAAAGAAACCAACAAAUUUUAUAAUGUUUCUUUUGUCCAAUAUAGUCUGCUUUUUUUUUUACUUUUAAUAAUGUAAAUGUUAAAUUGUUGGUGUUCAAAAUAAAUGAA